AUGAAGAAAGAAAUUUCUAUUGAACCGUUGUUAGUUAAAACUGUUAAUCGUCAAUCUCCAGAUGCAAAUCAAGUUCAUCCAUGGAUUCGUUAUUUAGUUGCUGGUGUUGCAGCAGCAUCAAUUUACAGUCUAAUCGUUCUUAUUCUUUUGCUUGCUAUACCAAUUAUUGUACUCGCUAUUGGUGUACGUUAUCAUGAUCCACGUUAUUGUCCAAUUGAACCUCGUAUUAGUCUUUAUUUGAUUGUUCAUGGAAGUGUUGCUUUAGGAUUGAUUAUUCUUAAUAUUAUUAUUUCAACGAUAACUAUUUUUUUCUUUUAUCAUCGUUCAUUAAUUUCAAUCAUUCUUGUCUUAAUUUUAAGUAUAAUUAUCUUACUAGGUACUAUAUUUUCAUUUAUUUGGUUAAUUAUUGGAAGUGUUUGGACAUUUCGUGUCAAUAAGCAAGUUAUACAUGAAUAUGAUACUAUUAAUCAUUAUUAUACAUAUAAUUAUUGCCAUCCUGUUUUAUAUCGAUUUACAUUUGUUUAUUUAAUUUUAUCUUAUAUAUUAUUAGUUAUUGCUUGUUGUUAUCAAUGUUUUAUUAGAAUAUGCUGUCCAAAAAUACAAAAAAAAGAGACAUUUGCUUUUCUUUAG